GCAGAUCUAUGGAAUCUAUUCACACGAGAAACCAAUUGACUCACAAAUAGCAACUCAGUCCCGGCUUUGAGUACACUGCUGCAAUUUCGCAAAAUGGUGUUUGGAAAUUUCCUGUCGAGCAUUUUGGUCGCGUGCAUCAUCGCGACGGGUGGUUCCAACUUCAUGCUAUGCGAAGCAAGAAAAUGGUUCGAUACGUCGAAAUUUCGAGGUCGGGAAAUCCCCGACGAUUCGGUAAUUCAACCGGGGACGAUGCUGGAAAUAUCAUGUGAAUCGGACACUGGUGCUCCAUUUAACUCUCCUGGCCCAGUGUCUCAUUUCUCUCUACCACCUCUUGAUUCGAUAGCACCAAUUCCUCCGUCACAUGAUCUUGUCACUGCUCCUCCGUAUGGUUCACUUCCUCCACCACCAAGUGUGCCUGCCGUAAUGCCUAGCCCACCGAAGUAUAACCCCAGCCCAAGCCCACCAGAAUUCAGUUACAGCCCACCGGGAUGUCGCGGGCCCAGCCCGCCCAAGCUCACCCCUGGCCCACCGCUCUAUUCGCCCCCUGUUGUGCACUCGCCGGCACCGCCUAAAGGCCAAGUCUAUGCCGUUUGGUGCGUGGCCAAGCCGACGGUGCCGGACUCAAUAAUCCAAGUGGCCAUGGACUACGCGUGCGGGGCGGGCGCCAACUGCAAGCCCAUCCAGCUAAAUGGGCCUUGUUACCAGCCGCCCACGCUGCUGUCGCACGCCUCGUUCGCCUUCAACAGUUACUGGCAGCAGAAGAAGCAGGCCGGAGGGACUUGCGACUUCGGGGGGACGGCAAUGCUGGUCACCGUGGAUCCAAGUUUCAAUGAAUGUCACUUUGAUUUCAGCUGAAAUCCUUUAUGUUGAAGGCCUUGUGAUCCAAGCUCGGUCCUCCUCCCCAAUGUGCUUGUACUCAUGAGUCUUGACACAGAAAGUUUUGUAAUUAGCUACAUAUGGCUUUUGUUCGAAAUUAUGCAGAGACAUGGUUUACUGCUAGAAAGAUGUAAUUAGGGAACGUGGUUUAUGUGUAAUUUGGUACAUAAUAUGUCCGAAACUCUUUUAACAUCAGCAAAAACUCCUGUGGUUUGAAAGUAUACCCUAUGGCGACGUCAUUUUCAAAUGUCGCCGGUAUAAUACCAAGUCAUCCUUGUAUGUUUCA